AGCGUCCUCACUCAAUACUUGCAGCUGCUGUUCGUUUAAAGUCCAUACCGGUUAAACCCGCGAAUCUCAAAAAAAAAAAAAAAAAAAAAAAAAAAUUGAGUUUGUUUUGCAACAAUUAAUCGUGAAAUUUUCGAUCGAUCGGACGGAAAAUCAUCCUUUUUUUUUUGUUGUUUCGCAAACGUGACUGACUUUAUACACUUUAUAAAUUAAUAAGGUGUCAAGCGAUAUAGACUGAUUUUUGUUUUUUGCAAAAAAAAAAAAUAAAUAAAAUAAAAAAAAAAAAAAAAUCGACGUUUAUUUCAACGUCGGCAACACUUUUUUGAGUGAACCGGCCUUGUGCGCUUUCGUUUUUAAAGUUUUUUCCUUUUUGGAUUUCUUCGUGUCCUGCACGAAGAAAAAAGGGUCAAUUGCGAUUAAAAACAAAUUAAAAUGUCACACUUCAGGCUAAUUAUUAUCGCUUUUGUCGCUACCUGCUGGUACGCAUCUCUAAUUGACACGGCAGUCCUUAGGACUCAGGAUUUGCCAGAACGUCUUUUGAAGAUGGCACAAGAUACGCACAAAUUGAGGAUUCAAAGAGAUGCGGAUAACUCGAGCAAAGAGAUAAGAUUCUGUUACAACACACCAUGUGGUUGGGCAGUAUACGUUCCAUUCACUCGUACCGUCGAGUAUUUCAUGAAAAAUACGUGCGAGUGUGAAAAUGACACUUACAAAUGCGUACGCACUGAUGAUGAUUUAUCAGUGAGUGCAUAUGUAUAUCGCUGUCGCCAAAAUACCACGUCGGAUGACAUCGAAUCACCAGAAGACGCCAAUUGAAAAGAAAAACAAAUAAGAAGCUAGGCACGCUUGAAUGCAACCCUACUGCUCAUUAUCGAGGAUUGUAAGAAAUCGCAAUUACUGCUUUCUAAGACAUAUUCAGUGUUUAUUUUUCUUUUGAAGAAAAAAGAAGAAAGGUACUUGUAUUUUUUACUGUUUUUAAAACAGUAGAAAAAAAAGGAAAAAUUCAAGAAUUUCUUUGGCAAAAAAAAAAAGAAGAAAUUCUGGAAGAAAUUUUUAAAAAAAUAUCUUGAAUAUUUAAAAAAAAAAAAGGAAGAAAUAAGGCCAAAGAUUUUUCUUCAUUCCGAUAAUAUUAUUUUGAUAAUUUCAUAUCAUUUAUUUAUUAUGAUAAAAUUAAACAAAAAAAAAAAAGUUUUCUUACAUUCUCGCAUGACACACGACGCCUAAGGGACGUCGCAAGAAAGUAGAUAAUGGUUUGGCAAAGUCGCUUUCAGAAUGUAUCCACUUUUUUGUUUUAUAACAGUUUCCCAAAAAAAAAAAAAGAAAAUUGGUUACUUAAUUCUUUUUUAUACGUAUUAGUUAGAACGAUCCCAUUUUAUAGAAUUUAAAAAUUCUUGCAAACAUCGUUCGUUGCGGCAAAACUGGAAACUUGUUUUUUUUUUAACAUUAUCGAAUGUAAAUUAAUAUUGUUCCAUGGCAAAAAAAAAAAUUUGGCAUUACUCCAGAAUAUAAAAAAAAUAGAAGACUUACAAUUGAGACAAAGUCUCUGAAUUUUAAUCUUCCAAAGUUAUUUCUAUAUAUUUUAUCAAAAAAAAAAAAAAAAAACAAAACAAAACAAAUUGUUUUUAUUUUUAAUAUCAAAAUAAUGACAAUUAUUUUGCAUAUAAUAAAUAAAUUAUAUUAUAUAUAAAAUAUAUUUUUAAUAUAUUUAUAUUAAUAUAAAAAAAAGUAUAAUUAUACAUUUUAUAAUAAUAAUAAUAAUAAUAAUUAUAUAUAAAUUGAACAAAUUAUAAAAUAAUUUUGAAAUAAUUCAUAAAGAAAUGUGCUUUUAAAAAGCAAAUUUAUUUUACCACAAUUGAAAAUUGAUUUAUUUUUAUUAAAAAAGAAAAGAAAAAAGAUUAAAAUUUUGAUAUUAAAUAAUUGCCAAAGGAUCAAUUAUUUAUUUAUUUAUUUCGUUUUAUUUUUUUUUAAAUGAAAAGCGACUGCGGACCAAUUUUGAAGGGGAUUAAAUUCCCUGAGUUGGUAAAUUAUUGUGAAACAAAUGAGUCUCAAAUUUAUGUGCCACCCAAUCCGUAUAGUCUUUAAGUAGGUUUUAUUAUUGUAAAUUUGCUCACGUACGUUAUCUUAGAUACUUACUGCCACCCUGGAUUAAGAAAGCAAAAAAAAAAAAACGGAAAUUUAAAAAAAAUUAUCAUUCAAUUAUGUAUAUAAAUAUAUAUAUAUUAUUUUAUAUAUUUAUAUAUAUACAUGAAAUUUAUCCUUCGAGACUGAAGAAAACAGUCGAAUCUCCUGAUAUUGGAACAGAAACGGUUUUCAUUAAUUAUAAUAUAUAAAAAAAAAUACUGACUUAUAUUUAAAAAAAAACAGUCCUUAGAAUUAGAAAACUAGUGGUAGUAAUUAGAUAUGUGUAGUUAAUAAAUUAUAUAAUUAUCCUCCAAGUACAAGGGGUUUUUAUCGCAAAAAAAUCACUAUUUAACUUAGGUAUGAUUUUAUUAUUAAAACAUUAUUUAUUUUUGAGUGCAAUUGAAAUUAGACUUUUUUCUUUUUCUCGUUCUUUUCUUUUUUCUGAAAAGUAUUUUUUUUUACCAUAUGAGUAGUCGAUUUGAAAAUUAAAUCAAAGUAAUUGCAAAUCAUUAUUUAUUAUUAAUUAGGCAAUUAUCAUUGCAUUAUUUGAAAAAUUUACGUAUAAAAAAUAUUUCUAAAACAAAUUAAAUAUUACAUUAUUAAUAAUGUUAAUUGUUAAUAAUUAUAAAUGUUAAUUGUAUUAUUAAUAAUGUAAUUAAAUUUUUGUUUUCAAUUUUUUGUUUUAAAUAUUUCAGUUUAUUUAUUUAUUAUUUUUUUUUUUUGUUGAGCAAAUAAUAUUUUAGAUAUAAAAAAAAGAACGAAAAAAACACAUUCGUACAGACGUAUGAAAUUAGUUUAAUGAUUUAUAUAAGUAAUAAGACCGAACUAUUGAUUUAAGUAAUUGACUACAUAUGUGUAUGUAAAUUUAUUUUCAAAGUAGCUCAAUAGAUUCUUUCUGAGAUUCAAUAUAAUUGUAGUAAGAAUAUAGUCACAGUAUUUCAAUAUGAGGCAUACAGAAUCCAUUAUUUUUCUUUUCUUUAUUAAAACUUUUUUUUUAAUUUUUUUUUUUUUUCAUUUUCCAUUAUACUCGCGUCUCGAAAAGAAAUCCCUUAAUGUACUUAACAGUUUACAAAGCGUUAUCAUGACUAUAUUUCGCUUAUUUUGUAUCAUAUUCUAUAUUAUUUAUGAGAAUGAAGUCGAUAUUCUUAUAUGUGUACAAAAAAAAAUUCGGCUAAUCAACUAAAAAUUCCAUUAAUUUUCAUAAUUAUUAUUGUUUUACAAUUUUUAAGAGAAGGCAUCCAUGAUUUUUUUUUAACAUAUUUUCAUAUUAAAAAAAAAUUUUCAAAUAAAUUUGUGAAUUCUUAUACAAAAAAAAAAUAAUUUUAUACAAUCAUUUUCUUUAAAAAUUACAAAAGCGUAAUAAUCAAAUAUCAUCGCUGCCUCAUCUCAUUGUUAAAAAUUAAUUUUAAUAAGUUUAUAUUUUAUAAACUUUAAAAUAUUUUGUAUAGCAAACAAAAAUAAAAAAAAAAAUGAUAUAAUUUUGCAAAAACUGUUUAGUAGUACAAAGUUCUACUUUACAAGGAUAUUAACGAAUAAUAUUUAUACACGUGACAAUUAAAUUUAAUAAUAAUGUAUGUAGAUAUUCGACGGACAAUGUUUGAGAGUAAGAUUGGUAAAAAAAAAAAAAAAAACAAAUUGUUUUCUAAGUAUUUAUUGUUCAGAAUAAAAUUUUUGGUAAUAGAACUACUUAUACUUGUAUGUUUGUCGUGAUAUGAAUGGGGUUUUAAAAUAUUUGUAUAAUAACAAGAAGAAAAAAUAUCAUCAAAAUUAUCAGAAUAUUUUUUGUUUUCGUUUAAAAAACGAUAUUCAGAAAAAAAAGUUUAUUAAUAAAUAUUAAUUUUUAAUAUAUGUAUAGUGUGUGAUGUAAAUUUUUUACAGUGAUUUUAAAACCCCAAAUAUAUCUGAAAGUGUAGAUUGUGAAUCUAUAAAAGAAUUCAGACUCACGAAAUUUUUGUUUCGUAAAAAAAAAAAGAGGAAUUGGUAGCCCAUAUAGAGACACACUGUAGUUAAUUGUAUUUGUACGCAGUAUUUCACUUAAUGUUAUGUAAUAUAUAGAAAAUAAAUUAUCUAAUUAUUAAUAUUGAAAAUGCGAAUGAUUAAGCCCAUAUUAUAUAUAUAUAUAAAAAAAAAUUGUACAAUUAUUGUCCCUAAUGUUAUAAUUUUUAAUAAAAUAAUGUUGCACGAA